CCACAAUAUUCACCACAUUGCUGUAGUCUCUCUAAGCAUUUCCAUACCUUCUCCAAAGCUAUUGAAUUGAAGAUGGCUGACGUUGUCUUGACCUUUCUCAUCGAAGCCACCUUAUCCCAGGUGACUUCGGCUGCUUCUGAGCUAAUCAAACUUGCAGGCGGCCGUGGGAAGAAGGACCUCAAAACACUUCAAGACAAAUUGGAUCUGAUUCAUGAUGUGCUGUUUGGUGCGGAGGAGAAGCAACACGGAAACCGGGCUGUGAGGCGCUGGCUCGAGAAGCUCAAAAUGGUGGCUCGUGAGGCCGAGGAUGUUCUAGACGAGCUUGUUUAUGAAGAACUUAAGCGCAAGGUAGAGAUUCGGGGUCAAAGGAAGAAAAAGGUCCGUGUCUUCUUCACUCGUUCCAAUCCCUUCAUAUUCCGUCUGAGGAUGGCCAAUAAGAUCAAGAAUCUUAUUACAUCCAUAGAUGACAUUAACAAGGAGGCUAGGCAGUAUAAUCUUGAAUCUAGAUUUGCUGUCUCAGCUCCUGAAUCUAGGAGCAAUCCUCAAACGGCUCACCCUUUUCUUGGUUACUGUUCACAAGUUAUGGGGAGGGAGGAUGAUGUCUCAAACUUAGUUGACUUGUUGAUUGAUCCAAGCAAUAAACAGUCCCUGUCUGUCAUAUCUGUUGUGGGAAUGGGGGGCUUAGGUAAGACUACUUUAGUGAAAUCAGUAGAAAAAGAUGAGACAAUAAGGGAACAUUUUGGCAAAAUAGUGUCAAUUUGUGUGUCCGAAGAUUUUAAUGUUAAAAGAAUCCUAGAAGAUAUGUUGGAGUGUCUUAGCAAAGAGAGUUGUUCAAUUAGAAGUGAGAGUGCUAUAAUGGAAAAAAUAAAAGAAAAACUGGAGAACAAAAAUUAUCUUCUUAUCUUAGAUGAUGUGUGGAAUGAGAAUGAGUCGGUGAAGUGGGAAGAGUUGAGCGGUUGUUUGUCAGAAAUAAAUAAAAAUAAAGUGAGUAGGGUUGUUGUGACAACACGAAGUAGAAGAGUAGCAUCAACGAUGGGAACACGUGAUGGACAUGUCUACCAUCUCAAAGGACUAAAACAUGAUGAGUGCUGGUCUAUAAUAAAGCAGAGGGUCUUUGGAGAUUCUUCAGUGCUCGAUCCGGAGUUAGAGGAGAUUGGGAGGCAGAUUGCUAAGAAGUGUAGGGGUGUACCAUUAGUUGCCAAUAUUAUUGGGGCGAGUUUGAGCACUCGAAUAGAUAGGCAUGAGUGGUUGUCAGUUCAAAAUUCUGAUGCAUGGGAUUCACUAAAAGAUGAUAGUACUGGGAGAGGGAUUCUAGGGGUUUUACAAUCAAGUUUUGAUCGCUUGCCUGACCCAGCUUUGAAGAAUUGUUUUGCCUGUUGUUCCAUUUUCCCCAAGGAUUAUGUUUAUGAAAGGGACAGUUUAGUUCAACUUUGGAUGGCCGGAGGUUUACUUCAACCAUCAGAAGGAAGCUCUGUGGCCAUAUUGGAGGAUAUAGGUGACAAGUACUUUAUGACUUCCAUGUCCAAUUCCAACUCUGAAACACUUAUGUUGAAGGCUGCUUCUAGGGGCAAGAUUGCUCAUGUUCGACAUCUGAAUCUUAAUCUUGUUGAUGACAUGGAAACUGUGCCAACAAAUUUUGCAGAGGUGGCUGGGAAACUACAUGCGUUAUUUUUAAAGAAGGGUAUGUUGUGCAAGUUGCCAGAGUGCUUCAAAAGGUUACGGAUUCUUGUUGUUUCUGGUCAAUACAAUUUUGAUCGGCACCGUAUUGAGCAAUUGCCAACUUGGAUUGGCGAGAUGAAGCAUUUAAGAUAUCUGGACAUUUCAACUGCUGGAAUCAAAGAGCUACCUCAGUUUAUUAUGAAGUUGUAUCAUUUGCAAACACUGAGAUUUGAGCAUUGUUAUUUAAUUGAAAGGCAGCCACAAGUGGAAAAUUUAGUAAACUUAAAACAUAUUUAUUUCUCUCAUGAAAAUGGUGCGCCUGUAGGAAUCGGUAGACUAGCAGAUCUUCAAACUUUGCCAUUUUUUUUUGUUGGUCGGCAAAAGGGAAGUCAAAUUGAAGACCUGAGAAGGUUAAACCAACUUAGAGGUAGCUUAAAUAUACGCCAUCUGGAGCUUGUUGAAAACUACAUAGAAGCCAAGAAAGCAAAACUAUGUGAGAAGACGAGACUUCAUAAGUUGGUAUUGAACUGGGAAAGGCCCAUGUGGAGAGAGAGUUACAGAGAAUGCAAGCAAGAUGAAGAUGUAUUAGAAGGACUCCAACCUCCCUCAAGGGUGCAACACUUAGAGAUUGAUAAUUAUAGGGGUGAAAAAUGUCCGACAUGGAUGGAUUGUCCUUUGAGUGGACUUCUUUCGCUGGAAAUAAACUAUUGUAGAAUGUUAAAAAGCAUUCCAUCCAUGAGGGGGUUUUCUGCUCUUCAGGAGCUAAAUAUUAUAUUGUGCCUUAAAGUGACUAGCAUGCGGGAUGAUGUGUCUGGCUUGCCAACGUCCCUUAGAAGACUAACAGUAACAUGCUGCCCAAGAUUGCAAACUAUAGUGCAUGGUCCUUCUAGUCUCACAUGCCUGGAAGAAUUGAAGGUAAUUGGAUGUGGAAAUCUAAGAAACAUUCCAGGUAUAGAUGGGCUUUCCUCUCUUAAAAAAUUAACAAUUCAGGAAUGUGAUGGAUUGGUGUCCGUGUCUCUGCCAACUAAUUUGCAUUCUCUUAUUAAGUUAAAUAUUUUAAAUUGGCACAAUUUGAGGUGUAUCCCAGAGGAGAGCCUUGGCGAUCUUGUUAGCUUACGGACAUUAAAAAUAGGUGGUUUCUCAAAAGAGAUAGAGGAAUUCCCAGGUCUCAGUUCCAUCCAACGCCUCAACGCCUCCCUUCGAAAUUUGAAGUUGAUUGGUUGGGAAACACUAAAGUGUCUACCUCCUCAAAUUCAACACCUCACUUCUCUUAGGGAUUUGGUUAUAUUUAAUUUCAAUCAAGUGGAAGCUUUGCCAGAGUGGUUGGGAAGCUUGUCAUCUCUUCAAUGUCUGACCAUUCAGUGCUGCAAGAAUCUGAAAUAUCUGCCUAAUUCUACAGAAACCAAGCAACGCCCCUCCGAAUUGUCCUUUCUUCAAAUUGAUGGUUUUCCGGAGUCGUCUCACUGGUCACGCACUCGGAGGUCGCUGAUGGAGCAAUCCAAAUACUACCAACAGAAAUUGGAAUUGGAUCAGCUCUUAAAAUCGUAUCAACAACGACAAGUAGGAGAAUAAAAGCGAUCUUAUGAAAAAAACAGUCAGUAGGGAUGCAAUCAUGGGAGAUUAGACAGAAACCUGAAGACUUUACGGAGGUAAUUUUUUACUAUAUUAGAAUGAAUUUUUUAUUGCAGG